AUGGCGAGAGAUACUGAUGCGUCGGACGCCCCGAUCCCUCUUCGUCUCUUCCCUUCCGACCUCACCGCCCGCUCUUUGUCCGCCCCCUUCAAGGUGGAUGAAGGCUAUGCAGACGAUACACGAAGCCAGGCAGAUAAGGAGCUCUUGCGGAUACCCUCAGACGAUGUGAUGUCCAUUCCUGACUGGGUUCUUGCUCAUAGCGAGACUGAAAGAGCCGAAAUCGCCUAUAGUCUGCUACGGACUCUGCGCACCUCUACUAUUGCUGGAGUCGUGGAGCGCUUAUCGCCGUUAUUGCAUAUGGACCCUGUUCUCAGAUUGCCGCCGGAAAUCACCGCCGAGAUCUUUUCCUACCUCGACCCCCAGACUUUGAUAACAGCAUCUUUAGCCUCGCGCGCCUGGAGAGAUCGCAUUUUAGACUCCCGUCUCUGGAAAGAACUUUAUAUCAGUGAAGGGUGGCGUGUCGACAUCGAUGCAAUCCGCGCAUUUGAACAGGAGAAUUCAGUGAUCCCCUCACCCCAAUCACGAAAAUCGCGCUCAAGGUACGCGGAUACGGAUCUAGGAGAGCCCAAACUAAAGAAGCGUGUACCACCUGGCUGGCUUGAUUCCCGCACGCACGGAUCGGAAUAUAAUGGAUCAAGUACGCGUGAACUCGACCAAGACGGGCAUGCAAAGCCAGAUAGGGAGGGCGACCAUUUGAUGUCUGAUGCGACUGAUGAUCGGGCCACGCUUUUCUCCCUUGAAGAGCAAGAGGCUAGGUGCAGAGCAGACACUACGCAGGAAAUAAUUCACCAGAAAGCCACAGAGCAAGCACUUCCAAAAUCUUCCAAAUCACCUCUCCUCCUUCGAAUGCCAAACGGCACGGCGAAGAUCAACUGGCCCUACCUAUUCCGACAGCGCAGGCGCUUGGAGGAGAAUUGGACCAAAGGACGAUUCACGAAUUUUCAACUUCCGCACCCCGCGCAUAUGGAGGAAGCUCAUCAGGAAUGCGUAUAUGCUAUCCAGUUCAUCGGGAAAUGGCUUGUCAGUGGCAGCCGAGACAAAACUGUCCGAGUUUGGGACCUUAACACAAAAAGGCUCUGGCAUCGCCCCUUGAUUGGACAUACGAAAUCUGUUCUGUGCCUUCAGUUUAACCCGAGCCCGUCCGAAGACAUUAUCAUAUCUGGGAGUAGCGACAAGAACGUCAUUGUCUGGAGGUUUUCGACAGGCGAGAAGAUCCAUGAGAUCGCCCCUGCGCAUGAUGAUUCGGUCCUGAACCUCCGAUUUGAUCAUCGUUAUCUCGUGACCUGUUCGAAAGACAAACUUAUCAAGAUUUGGAAUCGGAAGAACCUGUCACCAGCCGACAAGGAUUAUCCUAGCGUUCAUCAGGGCUCGGGCGUUUCAUAUCCGUCAUAUAUCGUCGACACGAGCGUGAUACCUUCUCCUGUACUAGAAGCUGAAAUAGCCAAGAACCAUAUCCGCACUCUGGAGCCGUUUUCCCUCCUAAUGACUCUGGUGGGUCACACCGCUGCUGUCAAUGCUAUUCAGAUACACGGUGAUGAGAUUGUCUCAGCCUCGGGGGACCGAUUGAUCAAGAUCUGGAAUAUCCGCAAUGGUGCUUGCAAGAAGACGUUUGUAGGCCACGAGAAGGGCAUAGCGUGUGUUCAAUUCGACAACCAGCGUGUCGUCAGUGGGAGCAAUGAUAACACAAUCCGGAUCUUUGACCAUGCCUCACGCGCAGAGGUUGCCUGUCUACGUGGACACGCCGACUUAGUCAGAACCGUCCAAGCAGGCUUUGGCGACCCGCCUGGCUCAGAAGAAGCUCUAAAGCUGGAAGCUCUAGCAGUUGACCGAGAAUUCUGGAAUGCCCAGAGAUCGGGCGAAGCAGUUGAUCUGGGCCCCGCUGCCUUAAGACGGGCCGGCCAUAUCCAAGACACAACUGGAUCCCGCAACCCGCGAGACAUCAAGGCACUAGGCGCCUCUAUCCCACCAGGAGGAGGAGGGAGUAAAUGGGCGAGGAUUGUCUCCGGCUCGUAUGACGAGUCCAUAAUUAUCUGGAAGAAGGACAGGAAGGGUCAAUGGGUUGUGAGCCAGAAUUUACGCCAGGCCGAAGCGGCUGCUAAUGCCGCGUACGUCGCGCACUCGCAUCCAUCAUCCUCACGUCCUGGUCCUGGCAAUGCCUUCGCUCUCGCCCAGCAAGCUGCACUAGUGUCACAGGGCCAGGACCCUUUAACCCAUGCACACGCAACACCGUCUACUUUCGCAGCAAAUGCCAUAGGGACUCAGCAAAGCAGUUCAUCCUCAAACCCUCCGUCUUCAGCAGCGGCCCAACAGGCAGAACCACCCCAUCGCCCAACACCACCCCCAGGUCCUCCCCUAACCAACCUGCUCGCUGCCGCCAACUACUAUACACACCCCCGCGCCCGGAUACUCGCCCAAGCCGCAACGCCAACAAGCCGAAUCUUCAAGAUCCAGUUCGAUGCCCGCAAGAUCAUCUGCGCGAGCCAGGACCCGCGGAUCGUGGGGUGGGAUUUCGUCGGCGACGAUGAAGAGCUUGGUGAGGCUUGUCAGUUUUUCAGGGGGUUAUAG